AAAUAAUCUCCAUCGUAAUCUUCAUCUGUUACACAGGAUGAAAGGGUUUUUCUUUUAGAUCUCCAUAAUCCUUGACGAAAGUUCCAAGUCUCUCAUAUUUGACCAAUUUGUUCCUUUGACUAAACAAUUGACUAAUUCAAACAAUCUCCUCUUCUUCUGUUCAUGUUUUUGUUCAGACUUUUCUUUGAAGACGACACUUCACAGUCAGUGAGACUUGAAAAUUGAUAGCCGGGAUUAUCUCCUUCUUUCUUUCUGAUCGUUUCAUUGUUCAGAAGCUCAAGAAAAUGAAAACAUCCCAAAGCACCACCAUCAGUAACGUCUUCUUCAUCGCGUUUCAUCUUUCGCUAUGUUUCACCGUAGACGCCAUUGAUGAAUUUAAAGCCUGCGGUCACAGUUACAAUUGCGGAGAAUUGGUUAACAUAGCCUAUCCCUUCUGGGGGAAUGAGAGGAAAGGGUUUUGCGGGAGGCGAGAAUUCGAACUCAAAUGCAAACACAAUCGAACCACCACCAUUCAAAUCAAUUCUCUGGAAUACAACAUUCUGAAAAUCAACCAGUCGGAUCACAGAAUGACGAUCGCAAGAUCGGACCUAUUCGAUAAUUUAUGCCCUAAAAAUCAAACCCAAACGGCGACUCUGGAUCACCAUCUGUUCGUGUAUUCCUCGAACGAUCAGAACAUCUCCGUGCGGUACAAUUGCUCGGCGCAAAAGGAAAUUCCGGAGACGUACAAAUUUAGUUGCGGUUCGGAAGAGGAGAAGAAUGGGAGAGCGAAUUAUGCUUUCGAACCGUCGGCGGCGACUUGGAAUCUGCUAAUCGAGGAGUGUACGAUGAACAUCGAUGUGAAGGUUACGAUGGAAGGGUUGAAAGAAGGUUUGAAGAACAGAACGAGAUUAGUGGAGAAGGCUGUGAGACGUGGGUUCGAUGUGGAAUACGGGAAUUUGUAUACUGUGGCGUGCAACGAUUGCGAGAGAAAUGGCGGCAAUUGCGGAGGAAACGGAACGUACCCAUUUUACUGCAUUUGUAGAAGCGGAGAAAUACAUCCUUACUUCUGCGGAACAGCUCAUGCUCUUGAAGAGUCCAAUGAUAAAUGGAAGAACACCGUCAUCGGUGUUGGUUGUGGUAUUGGAGGCAUAAUUUUAAUGGGUACAAUUUCUCUCAUCUUGCUGCGCUUGCAGAAGAACAAGCAUGCCCAUGCUUCUUCCUUUCCCCUUGGAAACAAUUAUUUUGAUCCUCCAUCGAAGGAACUUGAGAAAGGAGAAAACUACAUGGUUGUACCUCUGUUCUCUUAUGGCGAGCUUGAAGAAGCCACAGACAAAUUCAAUCCAGCCAAAGAACUUGGAGAUGGUGGCUUUGGCACCGUCUACUAUGGCAAACUUCGAGACGGUCGUGAAGUUGCGGUUAAACGAUUGUUCGAAAACAACUACAGGAAAGUUGAACAUUUCAUGAAUGAGGUGAAGAUCCUCACUUGUUUGCACCACCAACAUCUAGUAACCCUUUAUGGAUGCACCUCUAGACGCUCUCGUGAACUCCUACUCGUGUAUGAGUUCAUUCCGAACGGUACUCUAGCCGAUCAUCUUCAUGGAAACCGAGCAAAAUCCGGUGAGCUUCCAUGGAUUACAAGGUUGAAGAUUGCCAUAGAGACUGCAAGUGCUCUGGCUUAUCUCCAUGCUUCUAAGACCAUCCACCGUGAUGUUAAAACCACCAACAUUCUUCUUGACAAGAACUUAAGUGUUAAAGUGGCCGAUUUAGGAUUGUCUUGCCUUUCUCCUACGCAAGCCACCCAUGUUUCAACUGCUCCACAAGGAACUCCUGGCUACAUCGAUCCAGAGUAUCAAGAAUGUUAUCAACUUACUAAUAAAAGCGACGUCUUUAGUUUUGGGGUCGUAUUGGUUGAGUUGAUAUCUUCAAAGCCAGCAGUUGAUGUCACAAGGCACAGGCAUGAGAUUAACUUGUGGACAAUGGCAAUCAACAAGAUCCAAAACAACGAUCUACACAACUUUGUAGACCCAUCUCUUCGAUUUGAAACGGAUCAAAGUGUGAGAGAUAUGAUAUAUGCAGUUGCAGGGUUGGCAUUUCAAUGCCUGCAAAGUGUGAAAGACAUGAGGCCGUCGAUGUUGGAAGCUUUGGAAAUUCUAAAGAAUAUAGAAAGUCGAAGUUGUGGCAGAAGGAAGACAGAAGAAUUAGACAUAUUAAGCGAAGAUGAGCUGAAGGUUGGUUCAGUGCCACAAUCCCCGGAUUCUGUUACUAUGCCUUGGAUUAGCAAAUCCUCAACACCAAAUGGUAGUGGUUUUGCCCUCCAUGUGAAAACUUUUUUUAAUUUAUUGGAGUGUUUGCUCCAGUCAACUAAGCACGCAUCCACUAACUCCCAUGACUUUGCUUCAAUACUGCUCUGUUCUCACGAAUCCUUUACCAUGUCUUCUUCUCCCAUAUUGCAAAACUCAGAUUUCUCUUCACUGGAAAUGAAUUCCAGAUCCUUCCCAUUUCCUCUUUUACACCUUUCUUUAGCGUCCAUGCUCCUCAUUCUCCUCAUCUCUCUUCCUGCUUCCUCUGCUUAUGAAGAAUGGUUCUUGAACUGCAAGGAUUCGUUGAACUGCGAGAGUGUUGGUACCAUCGAAUUUCCUCUCUGGAGAUACGACGGAACCGGAAGUUGCGGUCGUCCCGAGGCAAUGAAGCUCAAUUGCGAGGGAAGCCGCCGCACAACCACACAAAUCUUUGGAGCAAAAUUCGAACUCCUGGGUUUCACCACAAAAGAUCAAAUUCUUAUGGUAGCUGAAAUCGACUUUUCGGAUCAAUUUUGUUGGGGAGAUCACAAAAACUCGUCCAUUCCCAUCUAUGCGAUCAUUCCUGUAUCUUAUGAAUGCAGCAACCCCACUUGUUUCGGAACUAAAUUUAGCUACGUACCAUUUGAAAACACGACCGCUAAUGCUGAUGCAUAUUGUAAGGUAAGUGCAGUAGUGCCAAUUUCACCAUCAUUGCUGUUAACAGAACUUGCGGAUUUGCAGAAGGUGGAGCAGAAUAUCAGAGCAGAGUUUUUGUAUGAGCCAAAGGUUGACGCUCAAGUAUGUAGAAGUUGCAGUGUUCCUGGGGGUGUUUGUGGUUAUGAUUUACUUCUGAAUCAAACAAGAUGCUACUGCUCAUCUCCCUCUAAUGGGUUUGAAGUCUGUUCUUCCUCACUGAUUGCAGCAUCUCCUCCAUCCGGAUCCGGAAAGUUACUGAAGAAAAUAUUUAUCAUAGUUGCAAUUGCUUCAGGAAGCACCAUUUUGAUAAUCUCCAUCAUCAUCUUCAUCUACUGCACAAGGAAGAGAACCUCAAACAAAGACGAAAUUGAAGAAAUUAUAAAGACAUAUUCCACACAAACACCCAAGCGAUAUAGUUACUCAAUGCUAAAGAAAAUCACAGAUUCCUUCAAGAACAAGCUUGGCCAAGGAGGAUUCAGCACUGUCUACAAAGGAAAGUUACCAGACGGUCACGAAGUGGCCGUGAAACUUUUGAGUGAAUCCAAAGAAAAUGGCCAAGAUUUUAUGAAUGAAGUUGUAAGCAUCACCAGAACUUCCCACGUAAAUAUAGCCACUCUUUUGGGUUUCUGCUACGAGCGGAAUAAAAGAGCUUUGAUUUACGAGUAUAUGCCUAAAGGGUCACUGGAUAAGUAUAUAUUUCACAAAGGGCUGCAGAAAAAUGAUGCGGAGUUGGAUUGGAGCACACUGUAUGGCAUUGUUAUCGGCGUGGGCCGAGUAGAGUACCUGCAUCGAGGCUGCAAUACAAGGAUUUUGCAUUUUGACAUAAAACCACACAACAUUCUUUUAGACAAUGAGUUCUGCCCCAAAAUCUCAGACUUUGGGCUAGCCAAGCAAUGCAGGGCCAAGGAGAGUCAUGUGUCGAUGACAGGCGUGAAGGGGACAGUAGGGUUCAUGGCACCUGAAGUAAUAUUUAGAAACAUUGGCAAGGUUUCUCACAAGUCGGAUGUUUAUAGCUUUGGAAUGCUGGUUCUUGAAAUGGUGGGAGAAAGAAAGAACCCGAAUGAAGGAGUAGUGGGGGAGAGCAGUGAGAGUGUAGAGUACUUUCCUGAUUGGAUAUACAAGGAUCUUACACAAUGUGAAACAGAUGAAGGCUGUAGUUGGGGCAAUACAGAGGAAGAAGAGGAAAUGGCAAGAAAAAUGAUAAUUGUGGGGUUGCAUUGCAUUCAGACAUUGCCUGAUGACAGGCCUUCGAUGAGUGAUGUGGUAGCGAUGCUAGAAGGGAGUAUUGAUGGCUUACAGAUUCCGCCAAAACCAACCUUGUUUGGACCUCCUCCUGCGGCUGCGCUGCCUCGACUUUCUUUUUCUGCUCCUUCUUCUUCUUCAUCGACAUCGUCUUUAUGAAACUGGGAUUAGCUUCCCUCUUC